AAUUGUUAAUGCACAAGGACCGGUUCAGACCUUCACGGUCACAUCACAGACACGCUUAAAGGUAGACGUGCACUGAUGACACUAAUGAGGUGGGUCUGGGUUCUCAGAGUCAUGGAGCUCUUACACCUACAAGAGAUGAGGCUAUUCAAGUAAAAUAGUCCGUUACACUUUUCAACUACAACAUGAUGGCUGCAUCGGUUACACCAAAUAAUGUAAAACAUGAUCACUGUUGCCAGGCAACGGAACAAAAGAAUCGUCAGGGCAGACGAGUCAGGAAGUGCAAAGUAUUUUAUCGACAUUAUUUAAGCAAUAUCACACGAGAGGGAGUGAUGUGCUGAAUAUCAGCACGGCUGUGAUGCGGUCAUAAGUACGAGGCAGCAACAUUUUUACGAGCGCCACAUUAUUGAAAUAGGCAACAAUAAAUUAUGAGUUGUUUGUUUAUUUCAUUUGGUGAAUUGGUUUGUAGUGUGUCUGUGGCUGCUUAGGUGAGUUUGUUUGUUUUAGGUGAGUUGCAUGGUGUGGUGUUAGAGUAUGAGGGGUGUAGAGCACAGCCUAAUCCGGCGGGGGAGAGCCAGCCUAAAAAGGCCCCUCUCCCUGACUCUACAUCCCUCAUUGUCUUGGAGGGUGGGGGGGCAAGAGCACAGCCUAAUCCGGCGGGGGAGAGUUUAGCUCAAACAGGCUUCUCUCCUUGACUCUGCCUCCUUCAAAAUGGCCGCCACUUUCUCCAACUGUUUAGGGGAGUUUGUUUGCUGAAUCUGCUAGUGUGUUUUGUCAGAGUUGAUGAUGGUGUUGUUUGUGGUAGCAUAGGCAAGAUAAAGAAAAUGGUGGUGUGAGGAGCAGUGAUGGCUGGCAUUAGGGGAGUGACUCUGGGACGCCAGUGAUCACUGUCUAGCCUCCUGGAGGUGUUGUGGGACCAACUAGACGAAACACUAGUGAAAGGAGGUUCCCACCUGAUGACCCCAAAGUCAUGUUAGCUAUCACUGCUCAUUAGUCUGUACAGCUAAAUUAAUAGUUAUCAUAGGACAUGUUAAGCUUAGGGAGCUAUUCACUGAGUCUGGUCCAUUUUCUGUAGCACAAGCUUUGUGUUUAUCUUAAAUUAAAAAAAAUCAUUUAUUUUGCAACGCCACAAAUAGUUCUGCAACUGGACUGGCUUCUCCCCUUCACCCUCUUCUGGCGACCAUACGUCAUUAAAUUAAAAUGUUAUUUCCGGAAAUAUAUUAAUCUUUGUAAAGUUUGUUAACAACCGUUAAUGCAACGCUGAUUAACGGUUAAUAGAACACCUGUGAAGCGGAGUGAUACAUGUAGUUAAAAGUCCCAGUGCUGUUGUACUCUAUAUCAGCAACUCAUGGAAUGCCUCUCGUCCAAUCAAAAUUAUUUGGUCGGAACAAAUUAUAUAUAGAAUAUAGAAUAUAAUCAGCUACAGUUUGUAAAACAUAGUGGAAACUUUUCAUGUGUGGGGUUACUUUUCAUUGUUAACUGUGUUUCAUUGUAUCAUUUUAAACAGCGUAAAUGCGUCCACCUGGGACUUUUAUCCUGGAGAAGAAGCGGAAGUGAAGGCGAGCCAUCACUAGACCGGAUAUCCUGUUCGUAACCAUGGAAACGCGAUCUUUAUAGAAAAUGGCUCCGUCGUCUAGCAUGUUUACAGACGAGGCCCUGGACUCAGUGAGUGUCCGGUCACUGUGGAGGGAAUCCCAGCAGUCUGAGCGGGAGUCGAGAGGCUGUCAGACCAGAGCGGUGCACAGUACUGAGGCACAGGUCCAGACUGUGUCCACCACCGUCAGCUGUACCCAGACGGAGCCACAGGACCAGCAAACGGAGCAGCUCCUCCAGCAAAACCACGACGAGCCAGAACCACCUGGUCUGAAGGACUUCCUGCAGCGGGUUGAGGAAGUGGUCAUCACAGAGCUGGUCAAAAAUGCCAGGAGUCACGCCUUCGAUGGGUUCCAGGUGAACUGGGGCGAUCACAGUCAGCUGGUUUCAUGCCUCCAUCGUCUUCAACAUCCCAUCGCUCAGGAGAGAGGUCUUCAUGUGACGACGGUGUCCUGGAGUUGUACAGGUUCAGUCAUUGCCUGUGCAUAUGGUCGGAUUGAUGAUGGGUACUGGAGCACUGAGAAGUCAUAUGUGUGUACGUGGAAUCUGGACCGUCGAGGCCUGAGCCCCAAACAAGCUGAUCUGGUCAUAGAUGUUCCCACCGCAGUCACUGCUCUGUGCUGUCACCCCGAGCAGCCCGCCCUCAUCGCAGGGGGUCUAUACAGUGGAGAGGUGGUGGUCUGGGACACCAGUCGGACUCAGGACCCUGUGCUGGCCUUGACUGGGAUGUCAGCAGACAGCCACAGGGAACCUGUUUACCAGGUCACCUGGGUCGCCCUGCAGAAGAAAGGGGAGUUUGGGGUGCUGAGUGCAGGUUCAGGAGGAAGGGUACUGCUGUGGGCACUGGACUCGCAGCAGGGCAGCUUUGUCCUGAAUGCAGCCUACGCCUUAGUGCGACAGCAGGUUCCUCACAGCAGCAGCAGCCUCAAGACCCGAGGCAGCAGUACUGUGGGCGUCACCUCUCUGGCCCUGUCUCCAUGGGACCCUGACACCUUCCUGGUGGGCUCUGAGGGCGGCCUGCUGCUCAGGUGUUCCUUCUCCUCCAAGACGCCGGCUGCUGUUUCCUCUGAGGGUCAGAGUGUGACCCUGAGAGCUCCGGCGGUCUUCUCCUUCAGGUCUCACAGCGGCCCCGUCCACUCCAUCCACUGCUCCCCUUUCCACAGGAACUUGUUUGUGAGUGCAGGGACUGACGGUCUGGCCCACCUCCACUCUAUGCUGCAGGACAACCCGCUUCUGUCUCUCAGGGUCUCAGACUCCUACGUGUUCCAGGUGCAGUGGUCUCCAACCAGACCGCUGGUCUUUGCUGCAGCCACAGGACAAGGUGAGGUGCAGAUAUUCGACCUGGGCCGCAGGUCCCUGAGGCCAGUCGCCACCAUAGAGCAGGGAGCUGCGGGACAAGCUGCUACUUGUUUGGCCUUCAACUGUCAGAGCACACAUCUGUUGGCGGUGGGAAACACAGACGGGACGGUUGGUGUUUGGCAGCUGAGUGCAGAUCUGACCGAGCAAAGCCCCAGAGAGAGCAGCCAGCUGGAGCAGAUAGCCAAUCAGGUGGCAGAAUGAGACACAUGACCUGGGACAUCAAAGGACUGUUUCAUCCUCUGUUUAUAUCAACUGUGUUUUGUAAAAAAAAAAUGUAAAAAAUGUUUUUGUAAUUAAAAAAAAGACUGAAAACUCAGUGUGGAAGUGUAAUAAAAAGGAGUGAGAAGAGGU